AUGCCAUUUUGUUUCGGAAGUAAAGACGAAGAGCCAAAAGACGAAUACGACCAGAUCCCCUUUGGUCUGAAAUGGCGCAUGAAUUGGGGCAAGAAAGAGACCGACCCUCGUACUGGCGAAGCGGUCCUGCGCCUCAGCAACAACCGAAUUCUCAAAACCCAUUGUGCCAACACCGAGUAUCAAGCACUGAUGCUGGUCGACCGACACACUUCGGUUCCCUCGUACAAGGUCCUCGCAGUAUACAACAGACCGGAGGGAAAACUAGUCGAGUAUGAAGCUUAUCCCGGAAAACCCUUGGAUCAUGUAUGGUCGACCAUGUCUGCACAUAAACAGAACAAAAUUGUGGCAGACCUAGGGCGUUUCGUGGACCAACUCAGAAAGAUGCAACCACCCAAACAAUGUGUUGUGGGGGAUGCCACCUUGGGGGCUGCGCUGGAUCACCGAUUUGGCUCCGGUCGCAUUGGACCCUUCUUCUCAAUCGAAGCGUUCCAAGAGUUUGAGCGGAGAGGCCACCCGACGGACGAUUUCCCAGAAAAGGAAAUCAAGAUGGUUCAUGCCCCUAAGAAACCAUAUCAACUCAAGUUCACUCAUGCCAGCCUCUGCCCCCAAAACAUCCUGGUGGACGACGCCGGUCGGAUAAGUGCCUUGAUAGGCUGGGAGUCGGCUGGAUGGUACCCCGAGUACUGGGAGUACACUCAAAUGUGCCAUUUGACACCGAAGACCAUGAGCGAUUGGCUUGAAGCUAUGCGCAGAGUGAUGCCAGCAUAUGACCAAGAGCUGGCAUGCGAAGAGGCGCUUCGGGCGAGGUAUACCAGCUCAAUAUAUGACGCACCGAGGAGUGUGCGAGCCCCGAGUCCUUCGCCAAGUCAACUACAGGCGGAGCAACAAGAAAUCGAUAACAAGAAUACCGAGGAUACUAGUGGCUAG